GGGCGCGAUGUUCAGCCGCUUCAAUGCCUUGCUCACAGAGGCUUUGCAGACACGGAAGACCCCUACCUUGCGGUAUGUCGACAUCUACACUCUUGGUGCUUCUAUGCCUGAAGAGACGGUGCAGGGCCACGGAACGCAGAUCCUUCAGCUUUGGACCUGGCAAGCUCUCUUAGGUGGCUUCUGCCCCAGCUCCAUAGCGAGACCAGAGAGCCAGGUUCAAUUCGAUGGACCUUUAUGCUGGAAGACUUCGGUGACAGACUUGGCGGAAUGCAAAACAUAUUCCACGUACACGGGGUCCUCUUUCUGGCAGUGUUUGAACAGCCAACCAUGCUCGCUCACCGUGGUCUCAACGCAAACACUGGCCACCACCAGCACAGUCACCACCACAACGAUGGCCAGGUUUGAGCCCGUGGAUGGCGGUGUUGGCCGUGCUUGCCGCGGCAGCAGUUCCAGUGACAACUCAGCUCAGUACUUCGAUGUUGUGUCUGUCCCGACCUUGGACGAAUGCAAGGAGCUGUGUACCAUGAAGCAGGAGUGCGUGGGCGUGGAGUACAGUGGGGGUCGCUGUGAGCUGUGGACGCGACCAGAAGGCAUUGAAGCGUCGAUUCCCUUGGACGGCUUCACUUGUUUGCGUUUGGUCCGAAACCUACCGAGCUCCACGAUUUUGAGCGUCACAACGACCAACACCAUUUCGCCAUAUUUCUUCCCGGUGGAUGGUGGAAUUGACAGAGCCUGUCGUGGCGCGAGCUCUUCAGACAAUUUACCCAGCAAUUAUUAUGUGGUUGGAGGGAUUUAUGAACUUGCAGAUUGCCAAGAAGCCUGCCUUCAGGCGCAGUUGUGCGUCGGGAUUGAAUUCAGUGCUGGUCGAUGCGAAGUAUGGACCCGCCCCAAUGGAAUUCAGGCCAGCAUUGCCCUUGGGGGCUUCACGUGCAUGCGCUACUCGAUGGAGAACGAUGCGGCACAGAAGCGAAGGCUAUUUUUGGCCCCCAGGGAGCACAGUGGCUACUACGCAUAGCAAAUUUACAGGCAGGGCUGGCGUGAAAUUGUUUUUUGGCGGCUUGAAUGUAGCGCCAAGAAAAAUGGCAUAUACUGGUGCCUUAACACCCCUUAACAUUCAGCUGCACGAGUUCAGCUGCCUGAACUUUUACAGAAUUCACCGGAGCCUUUGCUUCGCCUUCUAAAGGUACACCUGCAUACCUUUAGGUGGAGGAAGGGACCAGUUGGUGAUGGUGUGCUGUGCUGAGUGCCCAGCAUCGCCCACAGUACAGAAAAUUCAAGAAGUUUGAGUGCUCAAAGUGCAACACGCUAUUGUAUAGCAGGAGCUUAUGUCACUCUGACACUCGAGCAGAGGCUUGGAUUUUUUUGAGUAGGAUUGCCAGGAUGUUCCUUUGUGAUCGCUGGAAAUGAUGAAA